AUUAGAGCACAUAGAGUCUACCAUGAAAGAAAAGGUACACUAGCACACUUAGUUAUCUGAAUGGCUAGUGCAGGAGGAGAUGGUGGAAACGCUCAGCCUGUUAGAGGUAGGACUCAGAGGAUCACUAUCCCUCUACCACGACCCCUCCAACCUGGCCAACGGGUCACAGUCAGAAUGGUGCCUGCAAUGCAAAUACCUGGUGUGAAUGGCAUGCGUGUGAUACGUCCGGCCCAUGCUCAUGUCCACGUGGUGGAUGGACCGCGUCCACAGCAGGCCUCACCUCAAGCUCAACAACUCCUCCGUCAACAGCAAGAGCUACAGCAGCAAAUAGAGCGAGACAGAAGUGAGGAGCAAAGACAAAGAGAAGAACUGAAAGUGAAAUUACAAAUUUCUGAAUUACCUAAAAUUGAACACAGAGAAGAGGAUGACUCGUUGUUAUCGUGGAAACCAAUUCAAGUGGAUACACCCACUCCUCCAACAUACAAUGUCCUCCUGUAUACAGAUCAGAAAGAAGAUGGGCAGGAGAUAUACAAUGGCGCUGAGUGUCAGUGUAGUGUCAGGUCCAGUCUCUUACUACCCGGCCACAAGUACCAGUUCACCAUCUCUGCGAGUGUGGGUAACGUCACUGGAGAGAGGUCUCCUCGCUGUAUCUUGGAGGUUCCAGCUCGUCCCCCGGGUAAACCUCUCCCCCCAAAGGUUGGCACCCGCUCUAAGAGCAGCCUGACACUUCGUUGGAAUGCCCCUCAAGACAAUGGCUCCUCCAUUACCUGCUAUGAACUGGAGUGGGACCAAUGUAAGGGGGACUGGGUGAGACUCAACUCUGACAAGACCAAACAGUUUAAGUUCAACCAUCGCUUCUUGCCUUCGACUGUCGCUGAGUUUAGGAUUAGAGCAUCCAAUGAAGUGGGAUGGAGUGAGCACAGUGAUGUUCUGUCGUUCAACACUGGUGCUGCACCACCCUCUGUUCCUGGUAAGCCACACGCCAUACAGGCUGGGGCAAACUACCUCAACGUGGGUUGGGGUGCUGCCAAUGGAAAUGGAGCAGAAGUGAUGUGUUAUAAACUGGAGAAGGAUUUCAUUGAAGGAGGUCAUGGCUUCAUCCCUGAGUACAAUGGUUCAGAUCUGAGCUGCAAUUGUUCUAGCCUCGUUCCCAACUCACUCUACAAGUUCAAAGUAUCUGCUAAGAACGAGGCAGGAUGGAGCCAGCCCUCACAAACUGUCACCCUCAGCACUCUUGCUGACAUCUGUAGUCCCCCCGGCACUCCUUAUCUCAAGGAACGGGCCACACCUACCUCUCUGCAUGUAACAUGGUCACCUCCUACUAACACAGGUGGUGCUGAGGUGCAGUCCUAUGUACUGGAGGUGGACAGUAGUGGUGCACUCGGUGGAGAGGAGAUGGUGGAGCUGUAUAGAGGACCUAACGACAACCACGUAAUGGAAGGGUUGCUACCAGGAAGAAGAUAUCUCUGUCAGGUGUGUGCUCUGACUGAGGCUGGUCGUGGUAAGUGGUCAUCAGUGGCCCACUUGCGUACCCCUGCCACUAAACCCUCCCCUCCCCCUUCUCUGUGUGUGGCUGGAGACACAACCAAGACCAGCGUCAGACUAGAGUGGGGCUAUCCUCUGAGUGAUGGUGGAGCAACUAUCACCUCCUACUGUGUUGAAUGCAGACAUGUUACUCCUGAUGACAUCUGGCGUGCCGUAGCUACAGUGGCCGAUCCCCAAACUUUCAGUGAUCACCCCUCCACCCCCUCCACCCCCUCACAUCCCUCACUCAGUCACACCAUCACACAGCUACAACCUGGAGAGAAGUACGUGUUCCGAGUGCUCUGCCAAAACUCUGUUGGGGCUAGCCAUCCUUCAGUAGAGUGUCCAUGUUCAACUGCCCCGGGUGAACCAGACCCUCCCUCAAGCCUGGAGAUAACCAGUCUCACAGCUACCUCUGUACAACUACACUGGAAGGACUCACUUACUCAUGGCUGCCCCGUGGAGAGCUAUGAAGUCCAACAUUGUUGUAGUGGUGAUGGGAAGAUGACCCCUCUGUCUGUGCUCAGUCCCACCUGCACUGUCAGCAACCUCCACUCAGCCACUUCCUAUCAGGCCAGGGUCCGGGCUCUGAGUGGAGCUGGUUCAAGUGAGUGGUCUGUGAUGAUCACCUUCACCACCGCCCCCUCCACACCCUCACAGCCCACUCAACUCACUAUGGUGAGUCAUAGCCCCUACUCCAUGCUGAUAGCUUGGACAUCCCCCAGUCCCAACGGAGCACCUAUUACUGCAUACCAUGUGGAGUACGGUAGUGGACAGUCAAUCACUCAGUCCCUUGAAGUCUCACCUCUGGAAACUCAGUACAACAUGAUGGAUCUGAGGCCCAGCACAUCCUACAGGUAUCGUGUGAGAGCAGAGAACUCUGUUGGCACAGGAAUGUUUGGUGGGUAUGGUAGUAGCAGUACUCUCCCUCCACCCCCCUCUCCCCCUCUGCUCACACUGGCCUCUGCCACACACCACACUCUCAAGCUCACCUGGGGCAAGAAGACAAACAGAGCAGUCUCUUACACGCUACAAGUGGCCAGUAGGGGAAAACAAUUCCAUGAGGUGUACAGUGGCACUGCAGUUAACCAUCGCCUCACUAGACUCCAGCCUGACACUGAGUACGUGAUGAGGAUAGCGGCAAUGUCCGAGAGUGGACAGGGGGCAUGGUCUGAUGAUGUCACCUUCAUGACCACACCCACUCUACCCCCUGCUCCUACCGAUUUGGUGCUGCGUCAGGAAUCCAAUAAGAAUAUGAAGUUGUCUUGGCAACCAGGAGGAGAUGUACCAUAUUCAGUACGAUAUGAGGUUCAAAUGAACUCACCACCGCCUCGACAAGAUUUUAUACAGGCUUAUAAAGGUGAUCAACUGGAGUGUACACUACCAGUGUCCUCGUAUGACAAGGCAGCUGAGGCCCGAGUGAGGUGCUGGACUGUGGUGUCUGUCAAUGGGAGGGACGAGCAACUGUGGAGUGCCUUCAGUCCCACAGCACACUGUCAAUGCAGACUAGAGUCCUUGACAGAGAAGAAAGCCGAGAAGUUAGAAGAAUUAGACAACACUCAGGAAGUGCAAAACAAGAUAUCUGUCAAACUAUCUCCACAAAUGAUAGCAAUGAUGGUGUUUGUUAUUGGGACUCUUCUCACACUCAUAGUAGCAUUCAUACUCGGACAGUAUGCUGUGUAGUGGAACUAAUGUGUAUAAUGUGUGGAAUAAUCAUGUGUCUCUUUCGGAGAUUUAUCAUAAAAAUAAUUAUAGCACAAA